CUGGGAAUUUAGGCGGAGCCGGGACAGUGACUGAAGCCUCACGUGACUGGCCAACUCAGACUCUUGCGCCGGGGUCCACCACCAGACUUGGUCGUCGCUUACAGCCUCUAGGCCUAAGAGGCCCUACCUGCUCACCGGUGGUCCUCAGGGCGUGCGGGCCAGGAGCAGCCUGAAACAGCAGGAGGCGGAGAAGGAGCGGGAGUAAUGGAAUCCAAACAGAAACAAGUGGUAAAAAGUCUCAAAGUGGAAAACGCCCAGCAGGAAAACGAAGAAAAAGAUGAAAAGGAGCUACAUGCUAAUAACGGGGAGCCCUUGGGCCUGCUUUUGGAAGCUGGUGACUACAAUGUGCAUAGAGGAAAUAGGCAUUUCCGAGUUAGGCAGCUCAUCCUGCGCUGUAGAUGGGACCUGAUGCACAGGCUUGGAGAGCCACAGGCAAGGAUGAGAGAAGCGAAUAUGGAAAGGUUUGGGGAGGAGCUGAGACAACUCUUGGAAAAGCUGAGAGAAAGGCAGUUGAGUCAUAGCUUUCGGGCAGUUCGCAAUGAUCCCCCUCACCAUGACCACCACAAUGACUUUUGCCUUAUGCCCUGAAUCUUGAUGUUUUCCCUGAAGUUAAUAGAGAAACACCUGCUUCCUAAACUUACAUGUUUGUGAUGCACUAUUGUAAGCCUUUUGAUGUCACUGGUUUGCAUGUAGCUUCUAUUACCUGCUUCUAAUGGAACAUUGUAUUUUUGACCCACCCUAUAUGACUUUUGUUAGCAGAAUAUACCUAUUGCAUGGAAAGAUGCUCAUUACAUAUUGUGAAGUUAAUAAAGCAGUUUUAAAAAGCA